GAAGGGAAAACCGGCAAGAUCAAUUACCAUUUACGAAUCAUCAUCACAUUCACCUCUUCCCCCGUUAAUUGGAGAAGUCAAUUCCAUUUGCAACCAACAUCAUGUCAUGGUUGCCUCGCUCAAUUGCUAAUUCUCUCCUAAUCGAUGGAGAAGAUGAAGAUGAAGGUGAUCGCCCCACCGUCGCAAACGAUUACAACAACCACCUCCCUCAAUCUCAAUCUGUAACAGAACAAGAAUUCAACCCAAACCAAGACGGAUCAGAUCCUCAAACCCUAACAACAGGUCUGAAAGAAGAUCUUUCCGAGUUUACAGAUACCUUAGCGCGUCAACUCUGGGGCGUCGCUUCCUUUCUUGCUCCUCCUCCUCCUUCUCCUCCUCCUCCUCCACCACCUCCGCCACCACUACCACUUCGUCACAGUUCUCGCACAACCCCCAAACCCGAUACAUCCGCAUCUAUUCGAAGAGAUUCCUCUGACGGUGAUAAUAUCUCGAAUUCAAUAUGCGAAGAUUCGAGAUUUGGGGGUGAAACUGGAGUUUCGAAUUCAUCUAUAUAUCCGAAUGAUAACAAAGAGGACAACCAUACGGAUUUUGUUGGUGUUACCGACGAAGUCUUGGCAUUCGCCAUGAAUAUAGCACAUCAUCCUGAGACGUGGUUGGAUUUUCCUUUAACAGAAGAAGAAGAACUUGAUGAUUUUGAAAUGUCGGACACUCAAUGGAACCAUGCAAGUUUUGUGGAACAUGUAGUACCGAGAUUAGCUGCUCUUAGAAUCGAACUUUGUCCGAUUCACAUGAGCGAGAGUUACUUUUGGAAGGUCUACUUUGUUUUAUUGCAUUCCAGGCUCAAUAAACAUGAUGCCCGUCUUCUAUCAACACCCCAGAUAGUUGCAGCGCGGGCUAUGUGGAUGAAGGAGUUGCAAAUCGAGAUGAAGUCGAAACCAGAUUUUUUGGAGGGAAAUACUUCCCACACAUUGAAUUGUCAUCAAGAUUUUAGUGCCACGUCAUCGGACUUUGUUUCCACAACUCAUCACACAGUUGCAGCUGGGAAACAACCAGUUGUGGAGAAGUAUGAGACAAAGGGUCGCGGGGUUCCAUCAAUUGAGAGUUUUGGUGAUGAUGAAGGGGUUCCAUCAAUUGAGAGUUUUGGUGAUGAUGAAGACGAUUGGAUACAUGAAAACAAUUCAGAGUUAGAUGGAUAUAAUAAUUAUGGGGUUGAUGUUCCUGUUGGAGCCCAUGAUGACAUUUCAUUUAGUGAUCUUGAGGAUGAUGACUGUACUCUGCCAAUAAGAUCCAAGGUUAUCUGAGGGGGGUUGUUUGGUUUGUCAUUGUUAAAAUUACUCAAAUACCCCUUUCACCCCAAGGGCAUUUCGCCUCUCCUUUCUCCAUGUGGAUUCAUGGAUUCAUCCCAAUUCCUGCCAAAAAUGUCUAAAAAGCAAACGC